AACCUAAACCGGAAGCCCGUUUGUUUGUUCAGGCUAGCUGUUGAUAUGCUAAGUUGUGCAUCUCUUUCUGUGGUGCAACAAAUUAUGUAUUUACCGGAACAUGUCUCAGUAGGAACAAACGGUGUUGAAAGAGAAACAGGCAGGUUGUGUUGUCGUUGAAAAGCGUCGCAUGUCGGUCGUUUUCUUCCAAAAUGCAGCCGCUUCUCCCUCUUGUGCUAAGGUGCGUUAACAGGAGAUGCUGUUAACUGUGGCAAAGCGUAACCAGAUAGCUUCUGCUCCACCAUACGUCCAUAUUAUGGAGAUUACAUGUCUUCACAGCACAGAAAGAUGAUGUCUGCCUGAGGGGACAUAAUGGACAAUGGCAAACUGAGCCGCGUGUGUCGGCCCCAGCGGAUCAGUGAAUCGUCCAAGGUGUUCCGCUGGAUGGAUCAAGCUGUGGAUGUUCUGCAGGGUCUCAAUGAGCAGCGGCAGCACAGCCAGUUCUGUGAUGUGGUGCUGGUGGCUGACGAUCAGCGGGUUCCUGCUCACCGAGCCCUGCUGGCUGUCUCUAGCCCAUAUUUCCAUGCUAUGUUCACCUUGGGAAUGAGGGAGGAGCGCCAGGAGGAGGUGGAACUGGUUGGGAUGUCCUUCAUCGGUCUGAAUGCUGUAGUGGACUUCCUCUACAGUGGAGAGCUGUCACUGGAUGGAGGCAACAUUGACUAUGUGCUGGAAGCAGCCCACCUUCUGCAGGUGUGGCGAGUGGUGGAUUUCUGCUGCCAGUACCUGGAGAGGGAGGUGAGCGAGGACAACUACCUGUACCUGCAGGAGCUGGCUCUGCUCUACAGUCUGGAGAGACUCGACAAAUACAUCGACCACUUUAUCCUCACACGCUUCGCUACGCUCUCCUUCACCCCUGAUUUCCUCCGUGACAUUCCUUUACACAAACUCACCUCCUACCUCUCCAGCAGCCAGGUUCAGCACGACAGUGAGCAGGCUCUCCUUCAGGCCACCCUGCAGUGGCUCAGCCAGAGUCCUGAGCGGACCGCCCAUGCCGGACAGCUCCUCUCCCACAUUCGCCUCCCUCUGAUGCCCGUGGGGGACCUUGUGGGCCGGGUGCUGCCGGCGGUGCGGGCCCUGCUGCCGGCGGAGGCUGGCUGUGAAGCCUUGGUGGAGGAAGCUUUGGGGUACCACGGCAGGCCUAGCGCCCAACCGCUCCUGCAAACAGGACGCACCGCACUGAGGGAUGGAGUCGAGCAGCUGCUGCUGAUUGGAGGAGAGGUGUCAGAACAUGGAGAGGAGCUGAGUGCCAAUGUUUGCCGGCUGGAUGGUGAAACAGGAAGCUGGGAGGUGGAAACAGAGUUGCCGGCCCAGCGGAGCCACCACUGCCUGGCAGUGCUGGGGGGCUUUAUCUUCGCUGCUGGUGGUAGCUCAUCGAGGGACAACGGUGGAGAUGCUGCCUGUAACCUGCUCUACAGAUAUGACCCCCGCCACAAUCAGUGGACCAAGGGUGCUCCAAUGAACCAGCGGCGAGUGGAUUUUUACUUGGGGGCGGUUGGAGAGUGCCUGAUCGCCGUGGGUGGGAGGAAUGACACCGGAGCUUUGUCCUCUGUGGAGGUCUAUUGUCCCGCUGAGGACUGCUGGUCCUAUGUGGCAGGGCUGCCCAGGUUUACUUACGGCCAUGCCGGUACAGUCCACCGUGGCAUAGUCUACAUCUCAGGUGGUCACGACUAUCAGAUCGGCCCAUACAGGCGAGAUGUCCUUAGUUAUGAUCCAUCACGGGACAGUGAUGUGUGGGUGGAACGUCAGGCCAUGUCUCUGGCCAGGGGCUGGCACUGCAUGGCCUCCCUCAACCACUUCAUCUAUGCCAUAGGGGGCAGUAAUGACCAUGAAGACACCACAGAGCGCUUCGACAUCCUGCAGGUGGAGUCCUAUGACCCACAUAGUGGCCAGUGGAGUCGUGUGGCACCGCUGCUGCUGCCCAACAGCGAGGCGGGGCUUGCUGUCUGGGCAGGGAGGAUCUAUGUGCUUGGGGGCUACAGUUGGGAGAGCAUGGCGUUCUCCAGAGCCACGCAGGUGUACAACCCUGACAAGGACUCGUGGUCCAGAGGGCCAGACCUGCCAAAACGCAUCGCAGGGGCCUCGGCAUGUGUGUGCACUGUGAAACCCUCACCGUCAUCUCCGGAGAAGAAGAAGAUGGGACAAAAAAUGAAAGGAAUAUCACACUCCACAUAACAACAGUGAAGGACUUUGUCUUUGUCCAAAAAUAGUCUGAUACUUGAGAUACAAAAUCCUUGAGUAGAUAAAAGUUUUAGAAAAGUAUCAGAAACAUUUUCCUGCCCAGAGACACUGCAUCAGCACAACAAGGGAGAGGAGGAGUGAUAAUGCUCAACACUGAAUAAACCAGAGUUUUUCUUUGGUAAAGAGUACGUGAUAAAUGGAUGUCGAUGAGAACUACAUGAAAUGAUGGACAGUCUCUGUGCUGCGUUUGCAUUAAUUAAGAUACAUUUUGAUGACAGUUAUUUUUUGUUUCCUCAGUACAGCAUCUAACAUUCAAGUUUCUCUCUGUCUUUUUAAAGCAUGGAAAUAAGAACUUGUAGAAGCUUAAAGGCUGAAUGGUUUCUUAAUAUUAAGUGUAAACUUGCAAGAUGUGUUUAAAAGGGGAGUGUUAUUCUGGUCUGCACUGUGCACAGAAUGCUGUGUAGAAUAUCUAAACCUGCACACAGGAAUGCCACUAACAAGGUCAUCUUAAAUUUGGGUGUACCAGCACAUUCCCCUGUACAGAUCGUUUGGAGUGUUAAAAAAUGAAAAUAUAAACCUGAGUUCA